ACGGAAACGGGCGUGCUGUUUCCGCGCACGUCUGCAGAUCCGGCUUUCAAUUGGUCGAGCCUCUCUUCGCUCCUCCUUCACUAAGGGGCGGAGCAAACCGAGCCACGUGAGGACCAGGAUUGGCUGGCUCUGGAGCAUUGGGUGGCUCUGCUUCUACUGUCACGUGGUGCGUGGUGUUUCUUAUCACGUGGCUACCCCCAGGUAAGAAGAGGCCGCUCUUCUGGGGUUUGGGGUGCUUUCUCCGUGUGACCUUUCAUAUCACCUCUUCUCUACCAGUAUGGGCUGCAUGAGUGGGGGGCGGGCUCCCGCAAUCCUGCUCGGCGGAGGGGUGAGUUACCCGCCCCGCCCCUUCCGGUCCUGAAAGCCUCGACCACUACCGGCACCCUAAAUCCCUGAGGUUGGCCCCCCUGAGGUGCGGUUCUGCUUCUGUCAUUGCUUUGGAUGCCGGCGCUGCUGCCUGUGGCCUCCCGCCUUCUGUUGGUACCCCGAACCCUGCUGUCCAUGGCUUCUGGAAGCCCUCCGACCCAGCCCUCGCCGGCCUCGGGCUCCGGCUACGUGCCAGGCUCAGUCUCCGCAGCUUUUGUCACUUGCCCCAAUGAGAAGGUCGCCAAGGAGAUCGCCAGGGCUGUGGUGGAGAAGCGCCUAGCAGCCUGUGUGAACCUCAUCCCUCAGAUUACAUCCAUCUAUGAGUGGAAAGGAAAGAUCGAGGAAGACAGUGAGGUCCUGAUGAUGAUUAAAACCCAAAGUUCCUUGGUCCCAGCUUUAACAGAUUUUGUUCGGUCUGUGCACCCUUACGAAGUGGCUGAGGUGAUUGCAUUACCUGUGGAGCAGGGAAAUUCCCCGUACUUGCAUUGGGUGCGCCAGGUCACAGAGUCAGUUUCUGACUCCAGCACAGUCCUGCCGUGACAAGCCCUGUUCUUGCCAUCAUCCCCUCAGAUAAUUUAGUGCCCUCUGACUUCCAGGUGAUGGUGACUGGACCCUCAAUAAAUCCUACCUUUGGUUCUUUCUG